GGGGCGGGGUGAGAGCGGAAGUGACGCAGCGCCAUCGCCAUCAUGGCGUCCCGGGUCCCCGAGCGGUGGACAGACUACAUCCCCCUGGGCAGGAGGAUCCCAGGAACGCGCUUCAUCGCCUUCAAGGUGCCUCUGAAGAAGAGUUUUGACAGGAAUCUCUCUCCAGAGGAAAGGUUUUCUCCCCACGACCUCCUCAGGAAAAUCAGGGAGAGGAAGGAGGAGCUGGGGCUGAUCAUCGACCUCACCUACACCCGGCGCUACUACGGGCCAGAGGAGCUCCCAGCCACGCUCUGCUACUCGAAGAUCCUGACCAUGGGGCACGAAAUCCCCAACAAACAGACCAUUUUCCAGUUCAAGUGCGUGGUGAAGAAGUUCCUGAACGACAACAAGGACAAUGACAAACUCAUCGGGGUUCACUGCACCCAUGGCUUGAACAGGACUGGCUACCUGGUGUGCAGGUACCUGAUUGAUGUGGAAGGCAUGGAGCCCAACGCUGCCAUAGAGUUGUUCAACAAAUCCCGAGGGCAUCCCAUAGAGAGAAGCAACUACAUCCAGGAUCUCAGGAACAGAGCUGGGAAAAAGAAGUGUGGACUGAAGAGUUCGAGCUCAGGCCCCUUCAGAGAAAAAAGCAGCGCCCCAGAACACCCCCCAAAGCAGCUUGGGUGUUCUGUCAAAGCCCCCCUGCCUGGAUCGGCCCAGCCCCCCCUGGCAGUGCCCAGGAAUGCUGGCAGGGCCAAGAGGAAGCACCAGCCCCGCCCCAAGGCCCCGGCAAACCCCCUGGAUUUGGGGCAGGAGGAGCAGAGGAGGAUGAGCAGCCUGGCCCCCAGGAACUGUUGGGGGGCACCCAAGGGACUCUCCUGCCCCCACCCCCAGAAUUCCCAGCGCUCCCAGGAGGCCACACCCGCCAGGAGACGCCGGCACCGGCGCAGGAAACACGCGGGGACGGAGCAGGGAACGUCCUGACACCCCAACAGCCCGGCCAUGGACUCAGCCCUGCCCCAGGGAGCGCCGGGAUGGGGCUGGAACAGCGGGAAUGAGGGGCUGGAACAGCGGGAAUGAGGGGCUGGAACUGCCAGCUCAGCUCAGCAGGGCUCUGCAGUUUUCCAUUUUCCUCUCUUUCCUCUCUCUCUCCACCCCUCCUGAUGUUUUUUAUGGAUCUCACAGGGAAUUUUUUUUACUCUUUUACACCAGAACUCCACUCCCAGAGGGGAUGUGGGGGAUAAACAAGGACUGGGAGAAUCCCAAAGGAGCACCCCCUUAACCUCCAUCCAAAAGGGCUUUUCUUGGUGUCCUCCAUGAUACGACAAGAAAGAGGAUUUGGCCUGAAAAUACAGGAUUUUAUUUUAUUUUAUUUUCUCUGCUUUUCACUGGUUUUUGCUGAAGUAAAAACCUCUGCAAGUGUGUCA